GGGCAGGAUGCCGGGGGGGCCCCGGCGCCCUUAUAACGCUCGGCCGCGCCGCCCGCGCCACCGCCGCUGCCAUGCGAGCCCACAUCGAGGUGAUCCCUUGCAAGAUCUGCGGGGACAAAUCCUCGGGGAUCCACUACGGCGUCAUCACCUGCGAGGGCUGCAAGCCGCCAGCAGAACUGCCCCAUCGACCGGGCCAGCCGCAACCGCUGCCAGCACUGCCGCCUGCAGAAGUGCCUGCGCCUUGGCAUGUCCCGCGACGGUGGGUGCCCACCCCGGGCCACGGGUGCAGCCCCCUCCCCACAGCUGGGUGCACCCCCUCCAUACCUGGGUGCACCCCCCCUCCCCAAACAUGGGUGCACCCACCCUCCUCAGCCCCAUUCCCACCCGGCUGUGCUCCCGUGGGAGCCGUGGCUGCCUGGGGACCGCGGGACGCCCCGGGGGGCCGCGGUGUCCCCGGGAGGAAGCGGAGGGGCCGUGGGUGCGCCCGGAGGAAGCGGGGCGGCGGGGGCCGCGGCGGCACGCGUGUGGGGCCGGAAAGCCCCGGUGCCACGGUUAUGUAGGUCGCGGGGAGCCGGGCCGGUGCACGCGUACACACGCGAACACGCGUAUGGCAUGCGUGUCCUCCAGCGCCGCCGACACCGCCUCUCCUCGCAGCUGUCAAGUUCGGCCGCAUGUCCAAGAAGCAGCGGGACCGGCUGCACGCCGAAGUGCAGCAGCAGCUGGAGCAGCGGCAGCGGGAGCGGGCGGCCGAGGGGGCACCUGCCGUCCCCCUGGGGCUGACGGGGUGCCGGGGACACCCGCUGACCCCCGCCAGCACCCCGGGGUGCCCUGGCACCCGCCAUGGCGAGAUGGAGGGCAGGGCUGGUGCCACGGCGGAGGUGGAGCCGGGGCGGCUGGAGGGGACCAAGCGGGGCCCGGAUGGGGACAGGGACAGGGCCGGCCCCGACUUCUACCCCCACCCCGAUGUCAGCAGCCUCCUGGAGUCACCCACAUCCUCUGGUGUGGAGAUCGAGCACCUCACCCAGAAUGUCCUCAAGUCGUACCGGGAGACGUGCCAGCUCCGUGCCGAGGACCUGCAGCUCCGGCGCUGGGACACCUUCUCCCGCGAAGAGGUCUGCGCCUACCAGAAGAAGUCAAUGGAGGAGAUGUGGCAGCGCUGCGCCGGGCGCAUCACCGAGGCCAUCCAGUACGUGGUGGAGUUCGCCAAGCGCCUGCGCGGCUUCAUGGACCUCUGCCAGAACGACCAGAUCGUCCUCCUCAAAGCGGGCGCCAUGGAAGUGGUGCUGGUGCGGAUGUGCCGAGCCUUCAACUCCGACAACCGGACCGUCUUCUUCGAGGGCAAGUACGCCGGCGCCGAGCUGUUCCGAUCCCUAGGCUGCCACGAGCUCAUCGGCUCCAUCUUCGACUUCGCCCAGAGCCUCUGUGCUCUGCACUUCUCGGAGAGCGAGGUGGCCCUCUUCAGCGCCCUCGUCCUCAUCAACGCCAACCGGCCGUGGCUGCAGGAGCAGGCAAAGGUGGCACGGCUGCAGGGACACCUGGAAGUCGCCUUCCGCCUCCUGCUGCGCCGGACCCACCGCGAGGGGCUCCUGGCCAGGCUGCCGCCGCAGGGGCGCCUGCGGGCGCUGUGCUUGCAGCACGUGGAGCAGCUCCAGGCCUUCCGCCGCCUGCACCCCGGGGUGCUGCACGCCGCCUUCCCCCCGCUCUACCGCGAGCUCUUCGCUUCCGAGGCCGAGACCCCCAGUGGCACACGCUGAGCCCCCACCCCGGGUGCCCGGAUGCCUGGGUCCUCGCCCUGCCCUACCCCUGCCUCCUGCCUGCCGCCGGCCGGGGGUGGCGGUGGAUGCCGGCACCCGUGGGUGCUCCCACGGCCAGGGGGGCGCCCGCAGCUGGUAGGACUCUGGCAGGCGGAGGGGCUCCAGCACCCACGGAGGAGCUGACAGCCGGAGGAGCUCCGUCACCUGGAGGGGCUUCGGCACCCAGCGAUGCUCCAUCACCCAUAGAGGAUCCAUCACCCAGUGAUGCUCAAUCACGCGGUCAUGGUCUGUCACCCAGUGGGGUUUUGUCACCUGGUGAUGCUCUGUCACCCAGUGAUGGUCUGUCACCCGGUGAUGCUCCGUCACCCGGUGAUGCUCCAUCACCCGGUGGGGCUUUGUCAUCCAGUGAUGUCCCGUCACCCAAAGAUGCUCCAUCACCCAGUGAUGCUCUGUCACCCAAAGAGGAUCCAUCAGUGAGUGAUGCCACGUCACCCAGCAGGGUUUUGUCACCCAGCGAGGCUGCGUCACCCGGAGGGGCUCCAUCACCUCAGGAGGAUCUGCCGCCCGGCUGGGCUCCGUCGCACGGCGGCACUCCAUCACCCAGUGAUGUCCCGUCACCCGGGGAGGCUCCGUCACCUGUGGGUGCCCUGACCGGGGCCACCCUGUCACCGGGGGUGCCCCCACCCCGCCGAGCAGUUCGGGGUCCCCGGGGCCGCGAUGGGUGCUGAGCCCCACCCGCGACGGGGGACGGGCGCAGGCACCCCCGGGACUCUCCCACGGGUGCAGGCUCCUGCCUGUGCAGACACGCGUGGCCCCCCCCGCCCCGGGUGGCCCGGCGGGGUGACGGGGGAGGGGGGGGU